AUGUCUAAAUGGGAGACAACUUUUCGCAGAGAACCCUUUGCUGAAGGAAGAUUUAGGUAUGCUUUCAAGGGGCGCUAUACUAAACAUCCUACUAAAUGUGGGCAGAGUAUUGUAGUAAAGAAAUUUAAAGACAACUACAUUUGGGAACGAAAAGGUUGGGAUUCCACCUUGAAGAUUUACUCUAAAGCUCAAGAAUAUGCCUCAGAAUUUGGAAGAGGAUUGGAAUUUACUACAUGUGAAACCAGUAUAGUUACAUUUGCUGGCUCUAGUACAAAAGUCAAGGUUGAUGAGUAUGCAGUACAUGAAGACUAUCUUGAAGGGGAAUACACCAAAUGGUGCACCAAUUAUGGGUAUGUGUCAUCUGAAGCUCGUGGAGUGGACCAAAUCUUGACAGCCUUCAUGCACUGGAGCUGGAUAAGAAGCAAAGGAGAAGAAAUGGUUGCUGAUAUACAAGGAGUGAAGAAUGGAAGCCGUUAUAGAUUAACAGAUCCUGCUAUGCUCUCUGUUAAAAGGGAAUAUGGAGUGACUGAUACUGGAAUUGAAGGGAUGGCAAUGUUCUUCCUCAUUCAUCAAUGCUAUGGCCCUUGUGAUGGUUUGCCUAAGCCAACAUUGGCCCGGUUUGUUGGUAAGAUACCUAAUGAAAUGUUGCAGAAAGCUCUUGCUAUGCAGCAGCUAUCAGCAAAGGGAACCAGUUAUAUACAUGAAACUAAGUUUUCUGAGGAAAUAAGGAAGGCUCUGAUUCCUGCUUUUUUAGCUAUUGCUCGAGGAUCCAAGUAG